AUGAAUCAUCUAGCUAUCCAGCGAAAAGCGAUUUUAAAUUCACCACUCCCACUCCGUUCGGUUCAGUCCGAGUCGGCUCAACUGAAUACUGGCCGACUUCCACCGGUUACUCCUUAUAGAAGAGUUGACAGCACGAUUCGCCUCACAGAUACUUCAGUAUCGCCCUAUUCACCAAUCAGUGAGAGGUCUGGCUCUUCAUUCUCCCAGGAAUCUACCGCUGAACCGUGGGAAAAUGUUUCGAUUACCACAGAGCCGUGGGAGAACGUUUCGAUUAGGUCCUCGCCCCCUCAGACGCCGAGGUCAAAGCACGAGCCCGAUGACAUUCCUCGGCUCGACUUAGUACCCCCUCGUGGAGAGUUUCUGAAGCGUAAAUGUGAUAACCUGGGCGAGAGCUCGAAGAAGGUCAAGCUCCGACCAGUCACACUCCCAGGUAUUUACCAUAUCCUAUCAGCCGAGGAGCGUGAAGGCCGUCGACCCACUUCCCACCACAGACCUCGAAGGGUGCUACAGACACCUAGUUCCAGCCCGGAGCCCGAAAAUGAGUACUCUCUCUCAUCACAGCCAAAAUCUCCAGCGCCAGAAGACCCCAUCGUCCAGUGGCUUAAUCUCAGAAGGAAAGAAUCCAAUGGCUGUCAAGAACUCCUUUCGCAGCCCCGAGACUCAAGGGGGAAUUCUUUGAAUAUUUCCUUGAACAUUUCCUUGAAAUUCUGCGAUCCGCAACCAGUUUUCUAUCGAGAGAAGCAGCAGUACACGUCGCAGUCCCGCGGCUAUUGUCAUCGACCCCGACCACAACCCUCACCAUCUGAAGAAGAUUCUACGGAAGGCUGCAACAAAAAGGGCUCCCACAACAACAUCAAGUACACAACAGAGGAGGCCGAUUUUAUUCGAUUCAACAAAUACGAGAUGAAGUUCUCGUGGGAGGAGAACAGACGCCUCUUUGAGAAGAGAUUUAUAAUGCCGCCUGGAAAAGAACGCACAACCCAAGGCAUCCAAGGCAUUCACUACAGAGACAACCUGCAUCUCCCUCAUCUCAUAGAUAAGGGAAGAAGACUUGUGUUUCUACCCGAGGGGCACGUAGAGGCAGUGGUUGCCAAGGUUCGACAUCAACUGGAAGACAAGCCAUACUUCAGCCUGACCUACCUGUAUCCCGAGCGAGCCAUGCUCUAUGACUGGGUGCCAUACAAGGUGAAAAUUGUGGCUGCUGAACUAGCCAAAGAGCGCGCUGCGCAGAAGGAACAGGCACGAUGUGAAGCGAUCCAAAAGGGCAAAUGGAAGGAAAAGCUGGCGAACGGCCAGUGCGGUUGCUGUUACAAGCCAGACGGCGACAAGGAGACUCCAAAGCGCUCUUUUCCGCGCGAGCCCUCUCCAGAAGAAAGCAAAUUCGCCAUGCCCCCAAAGCUCGCAGACAACCCUCUCAAAUUUUCGCAUAUCGUCAAGGCGGAGGACGGACUCUACGUGAAUACUGGCUUCGGCGCCAACCACAGGUGA